CGCGUCAGUCUGGACGAGAUCUCAGAUUCCUUGAAGUGACAUUGAAGAGCACUAGGACCUGAAAAUGAGUGAACUUGACCAGUUACGGCAGGAGGCCGAGCAGCUUAAAAACCAAAUUAGGGACGCUAGAAAAGCGUGUGCGGAUGCGACUCUGUCUCAGAUCACAAACAACAUUGACCCAGUGGGAAGAAUCCAGAUGCGCACCAGGAGGACGCUGCGGGGGCACUUGGCCAAAAUUUAUGCCAUGCAUUGGGGCACGGACUCCAGGCUUCUGGUCAGCGCCUCCCAGGACGGCAAACUGAUCAUCUGGGACAGCUACACCACAAACAAGGUGCAUGCCAUCCCUCUGCGUUCCUCGUGGGUCAUGACCUGUGCAUAUGCCCCUUCUGGGAACUAUGUGGCCUGCGGUGGCCUGGAUAACAUUUGCUCCAUUUACAAUCUGAAAACUCGUGAAGGGAACGUACGUGUGAGCCGUGAACUGGCCGGACAUACAGGUUACCUGUCCUGCUGCCGCUUCCUGGAUGACAAUCAGAUCGUCACCAGCUCUGGGGACACCACCUGUGCUCUGUGGGACAUCGAGACCGGCCAGCAGACGACCACGUUCACUGGACACACUGGGGAUGUCAUGAGCCUUUCUCUCGCUCCUGACACCAGACUGUUUGUCUCCGGUGCUUGCGAUGCUUCAGCCAAACUCUGGGAUGUGCGAGAAGGCAUGUGCCGGCAAACUUUCACCGGCCACGAGUCCGACAUCAAUGCCAUCUGCUUCUUUCCAAAUGGCAACGCGUUUGCCACUGGCUCGGACGACGCCACCUGCAGGCUGUUCGACCUUCGCGCGGACCAGGAGCUCAUGACUUACUCCCACGACAACAUCAUCUGCGGGAUCACCUCCGUGUCCUUCUCCAAGAGCGGGCGCCUGCUCCUCGCGGGCUACGACGACUUCAACUGCAACGUGUGGGACGCGCUCAAGGCCGACAGAGCAGGUGUCUUGGCCGGGCAUGACAACCGCGUCAGCUGCCUGGGGGUGACUGACGACGGGAUGGCCGUGGCGACAGGGUCCUGGGACAGCUUCCUCAAGAUCUGGAACUAACGUCGACAGCAGGUGGACAUGUGACGACCGGAAGACCGUUCCGACCUUGAAGCGUGACAGCGAUAGCGUUUCCUAUCCACCCCUCCUAACGUGGACGCCUGCGCCCCCUCAGAACUUCAAAAGGGCAAGACCUUUCCCUUCACUUAUUGCUGAAACCAAGAGCACAAGUCCCAUUAAGAGAAGAGUCUGUGUGCUGUGAGCUAAAGCGAACUUGUGCAUUCCUUCCGGGACCAUUGUCUCUGUUUUCUUUUUUGUCUGGAAUGAAUUUAAAAGGAAAUACUAUAAUAAACAUGUUAACCAGAAGGUAAA